CUGAAAACGAAAGUAAAAGUUGUCUUGGUUGAUACCAAAAGAACAACGUAAAAGUGAAAGGUUAGGAUGGCGGAUAGUAAAUUCUGUACUGGUUGUCAGCGUGGUGAGGAAGACGUUAAUGCAGUAGCCUGGUGCAGUGAUUGCAGUGAACUUGUGUGUAAGGUUGUUGCUAGAGUUCUCGAAAGGAUGUCCCACCCUCACAAGGUAAUACCAAUGAAAGAAAUACAGCAACUUAGUUCCUCGCUUCUUAAUUUGUCCAAGAAUUGUGAGAAUCAUCCCGAAGAAAAAAAUGUACUGUACUGCUGUCAACAUGAUAAGGUUAUAUGUGAUUCCUGCGUAACGGUAUCACAUCAAAAUUGCAAGCCUGUCAUCUCAAUUGAAAAAGCUGCCAGAGGCGUUAAAGUAGGUACAGCCAUUUCUGCCCUAGAGCGAAGGCUUGACAACCUAAGUCAAGUUACAGAUAGCAUACUGAGUCACUCUGAAGCAACACUCGAAGAAUUGACAAAAAGUCGAAACAGCAUCAAAAAAAGAGUGUCGGAAAUCAAACAUAAAUCUAUUUCUCAUUUAGAAAAGUUAGAGGCAGAUAUACAUAAAGAAAUUGACAAUAAGUAUAAACAUUGUAACGAAACAGUGUCCCGAAAUAAAGAUAACAUCCAGUCCAGUGCGGACUCGUUGUCAAUAUGGAAGAACGAUCUUAAAUCACUGAGGCAACAUUUAUCUGAAAUUCAUUUAUUCCAAAUAGUAAAAUUUCUAGAUGCAAAAACACAUCAAAAAGAAUUGGAAAUCAGAGAGAUUCAAAAAGCAACUGUUCCGUUACUAAGAUAUCACCCUCCUGAGAGUGAGGCAAACAUAAAUAAAUUACUCUCAGACUUUGGUAUAAUAAUGGUAGACAAUGUACCAGUACCAAAGCCUGUAGUACUUGAUAUCGAUCAACAAGGUCAGUUUCUUGUCAGAGACUAUCAAAAAUUAUCCUUAACACAUUCAUUCAAAACCACAAAACUAGGGGAUGAAGUGAAAGUAUAUAGAGGUUGCUUUAUUCCUGAUAAUAGGUUACUCUUUGGUCAGUAUGAAAGAAAAAAACUCUUUGUUUGUAAACUUGAUGGAUACUUACUGAAAAUAAUUAAUUUGGAUUAUGAACCAGAGUAUAUAACCUUGUACGACAAGAACCACGCUGUAGUAUCUGCAAGUGAAAAGGGUAUCCAGAUCAUCGAUCUGACAACAUUAAAGCCUGAUAGUGCGGUGACUGAAGGUAUCACCUGUGUAAAGGAUAAUAUCUGGAUAAAGAAUCAAUCCAAAACACUAACCUUAGUAGAUAUCAAUGGUAAAUUUCUUAACACAAUACAAACAUCAUUUGAUCCUUGGGAUAUCUGUGACAACAAAGAUGGUGAUGUCUAUUGUACAGACCGUUGUAGUAAUAAAGUCUUUAUCGUUACAUCAGAUGGAAAAGAACGUGAAAUAUACAGCAGCCCUGACUUGAAAAACCCUAUAGAUAACCAUGGGGAUGUACGAUCAGAUAGUAGGUUUUGUGCUGGUUGUCAGCGUGAUAACGAAGACAUUAAAGCAGUAUCAUGGUGCAGCGACUGCUGUGAAUUAGUAUGUAAAAAAUGUGCUAGAGUUCACGAAAGGAUGUCCUCACCCCAUAAUGUUGUACCAAUAAAAAAUAUACCACUCAGUUCUUCGCUUUUCAAUCUGUCCAAGAACUGUGAAUUUCACCCCGAGCAAAGGAUUGUAAUGUACUGUAGUCAACAUGAUAAAAUGGUAUGUGACUCGUGUGUACCUAAAUCACACCCGAAUUGUAAGCCUAUCAUAUCAAUCGAAAAAGCUGCUAGAGGCGUAAAAGAUGGCAGUGCUAUUUCUGACAUAGAGAGAAGGAUAGACAACCUAAGCAAAGUUACAGAGAACAUAGUGAGUCAAAAUGAGAAAACUCUUGAGGAUUUGAAAGAAAGCCGGGACGAAUUUAAACAAAAUGUGUCGGUUUUCAAACUGAAUGUUGCUGCUCAGUUGAAUGAGCUAGAAGCAGAAACACAUAGAGACAUUGAGUCUAAAUACAUGCAUUGUAACAGGACUGUUUCGAAAAUGAAAGAUAACCUUCAAUCAAACGCUGAUUCACUGUCGAAUUGGAAACGCGAUUUUGAAUCGCUUAAGCAAAACACAUCUGAAAACCAUUUAUUCCAGGCAAUAAAAUUUCUAGAUGCAAAAUGUCAUCAAAAAGAAUUAGAAAUAAGAAAAAUCCAAACAGCCCCUCUUCCAACCCUAACAUAUCAUCCUUCCGAUUCAGAAUCCAACAUUAAGAACUUCUUAUCAGACUUGGGAACGAUUACAGUGGACGACGUUCUAGUUCAAAUGCCUGCACUAGCUAUUGAUCAACAAGGACAGUGUCUUGUCAAAUCCCAUGGAGAAAAAAGAAUGUUGUCGUUGGUGCAUUCAUUUCAGACCACACAAUUAGGUGAUGGAGUGGCUAUUUACAGAGGGGCCUUCGUUCCAGGAAGAAGGUUGGUCCUUGGUCAACGUGCAAUCGGAAAAAUGUUUGUUUGUGAAUUUAAUGGAUCAAUCUCAAGUAAAAUAUCUUUGGAUUAUAUACCAGCAUGCCUUACCAUGUACGACAGUAACCAUGUCUUAGUAUCUGGUGCCAAAGGAGGUUUCCAAAACUUUGAUCUUACAACAUUGAGUCCUGGUAAGGAAAUAAGCAUUCAGGAGUUAUGCAGAAAAAUAAAUGAUAAAGACUGUUGUAGAGGAAUAACAAGUGUAAAGAAAAAUAUCUGGAUAAAGAAUAAAAGUAAAACUCUGACCAAGGUGGAUAUAAAUGGUAAAGUUGAGAAAACUAUAAAAACAACAUUUGAUCCAUGGGAUAUAUGUGCCAAUGAAGAUGGUGAUCUCUAUUGUACAGAUGCAACUAGUGAUAAAGUCUACGUCGUUAUGUCGGAUGGAAAAGAACGAGAGAUAUACAAUAGUCCUUACCUAAAAGGUGUUGAGAGUGUGGCUGUAGAUUACCGUGGGGAUGUGUAUGUAGCAGGGAAAGGAUCGAACAACAUCCAUAGAAUAUCUAAUGAUGGACAGGCAAAUAUUGUCUUGACAGCGAACGAUGGUAUUGAAUUACCGGCCGGUUUAUUCUUUAACAAUGAAACAGGAGAACUAUUGGUUAUAAACAACAAUCAUAAAUCAAUCAACAUUUUCAAAUACACUGACCAAUGA